AUUAACUUUACCUUAUAAGUGCACUCUGCGCCGGAGCAGUUUUUAAUAAUUUGCUGAGCUAUUCCUAUUCUACUUAUAUUGUAUACUACUUUAUAUUGUAAUCUAUGACUUCUUUUACUAUUGACUUUUCAAAGCCCACAUGUCGAGUUUGUUUACAAAACAGUCAAGACGAAGAAAUGUCUUCAAUUUUUGAUGUGGACUCGGAAUUUGAUGAUCUGCAUAUCUACGAAAAAAUUGAACAAUGCGCUGACAUUAAGAUAAUACGCCAUGAUAAAAUACCAACCUUAAUAUGCGGUGACUGCUAUGGAUACUUAAUAGUUUCCUAUAAAUUUCGCACUAUCUGUCGUAAUUCUAAUGAAUAUCUAAAAGAAUUGUUUGUUAGUGGUAAGAGUACUCCGCUACAACUGGAGGAAUCAUCGCCCAAUGAUAAACCCGUGCUAAUAGAAAAAAAGAGAGGCAAAAUAACACAGUACAAAACAAGAAGAAAGAAAAGGAUUUUAUCGCCUGUGGUAGAGACCAUAAAAAGUGAACAUGAAUUAGCGGUAAGAAAUGAAAACGAUUCAAUAGAUUUUGAAGCAUUGAAUGUAAGAGAUGCUGUUGGUGUUGGUGAAAGUGAACAUUUAGAUGAUGAAAAUAAUGACGUGUGUUUAGAUCCAGAUUACCAAGAUGAUGAUUUUGAUGUUAGAAGAGAAGCAGACGAAUUCGAGGAUAUUAGUAAAAAACGAAAUAAGAGCAGUAAGAAAACUAAAAAAGCAAGGACAGAGCCUUCAAAGACUCUGGAUAUCUCUUCAGACGGUGCUGCAAUUAUACGCGCAAAGAGAGUGCAAAAGGAAAGGCUACCGCAUAUAUGCGAAAUUUGUGGAAAUAAAUAUCCACAUCGUUAUGCUCUGGAAAUGCAUAUGAGAAGACAUCGCAAUGAGAAACCAUACGCAUGCGAAAUUUGUAGCUACUCUUUUCAUAGAAAUUUUGAAUUGAUACGUCAUAUGAGAAGACACACUGGAUCUAGACCCUAUAAAUGCAGUUAUUGUCCACGAGCAUUUGGGGAUCAAUCUACUUUAAUAAAACAUGAGAGAAUACAUCGCAAUGAAAGACCCUUCAAGUGUAAUACAUGUGGGAAAACGUUUACCUAUUCUGGUGUCUUAAAUUAUCACAUGUUGACACAUACUGGAGAAAAGCCAUAUGCUUGUGAAAUCUGUGGAAAAACAUUUUCAAGAACUCAUCAUUUACGAGCUCAUUUGGAAACUUUACAACAUCAAAAUGAUCCCAAAGCCAAAAUGCAAUUGGCAAAUAUUAAGAAAAAUAAUAUAAGUAAAUAAAAUAUGUAUAAUAAAAAAAUGACUUCAACAAGA